CGACACUGAGAAAAUUUCCUCUCCGGGACCAUCCGAUAACAAUAACGAGGACAAUAGAGGAAAGGAAAACAAUGAAAGUACAAACAAACUCAUUGACCUUCUGGGAUCAAAUCCCGAAAAUAAAAACAAGCAACAAGAUCCCCUUCAUGAGGAAAUUUGUCUGCGAUGGAAUGUUUACCUGAAGCAAGGACUAAAUAAGGAACAAAAAGAGGAAGUCAUGAAAAAAUAUCCAGUGUUUGAAAAUUGCCAACUAAUGAUGCCUCCAAAACUAAAUGCAGAAGUGCAACACUGCAUGGAUAGUAAAGCUAUUCGACACGAUCAAUUCCUGGAGAAACUGCAAUUACAAAUUGCUCAUGCCUUAUCAGCAACAGGUGUAGAAUUAAAUAAUAUUCUAAAAUCUGAGAAUCACGAAGAAUUAAAAAAUACAUGCUCGACCCUUGCAGAUAUUGGCCAACUACUUUGCAAUAUUCAUCAAGCUAUCUCAUCAAGUAGGAAAUAUCAAAUCCUACCCUACUUGAACUAUAGUUCCAGGAAGCUAAUCGAAAAUAGCGAUAGAGACGAGUUCCUUUUAGGUUCAAAUUUUGCCGAAAACGUCAAAUCAAAGGAAGCCGUUCAUAAAGUUGCGAAGGAUUUAAAAGUAGUUAAAAAACAUUACACCAAUAAGCCUUCCACAUCAAAACAUCAGACACAGUCAUCGGAUUUCCAUUCAAAAAAUACAAGGAAACAACAGGAUCAUUUAAACUAUCCACGACAUCCUUCGUCUCAAAGGAAAAAGUACACUCCAUCGAUCAAGGACCAGGACCAUCAAAAGAGGGGCCGAACCAAGAAAUAUUAACUGAGCCAGCCACAUCCUCUGCACAAAACACUUAUCCUGGUUGCAGGGAAUUUGUCAGGGAAAAAUGGAUAAAAAAUCAAAUUCCACAUAAGGCAAUUCCAACUAUGUUAAACUCAAUUUCGCAAAAUACUUUAAAACAAUAUAAUAGUGUUUAUAAAAAGUGGUGGGAAUUUUCCACUAAUUAUAAUCAAAAUCCGUUUGAAUACAAUCUUGAAAGAGUAUCAGAUUAUUUAAUAGAAUUAUCAGAAAAAGAUUUAUCAUUUUCAAGUGUAAACACUCAUAAAUCAGCGCUUUCCUUUUUAUUUUCAUUUAAUCCGGAAGAUGAUAAAAUCUUAAAAAGAAUACUUAAAGGAGUUUAUAAUAAAAAACCGCCCACACCGAAAUACGAGUCAACUUGGGAUCCUAGUCCAGUUCUAGAUUAUUUAAAAAAAUUACAUCCUCUUUCAUCACUAAAUCUCACACAAAUCACACUUAAAUUAACUAUGCUACUUGCUCUUACAACAGGCCAUAGAGUUCAAACAUUUUCGUCAAUUCAAUUAGAAAACAUAAAAUUUUUGCAAGAUAAAAUAGAAAUAAAAAUAUCAGGAAAAUUGAAAACCUCAGGAAAAAAUAAAUAUCAACCACUAAUUAUACUACCAUUCUUUGCAGAAUGCCCAGAGCUUUGUGUGGCAACAGUUUUACAAUUCUAUAUAGAAAAAACAAAAGAAUUGCGACCAAGCAAUGAGCAAUUUUUGCUUAUAACAUAUAAAAAACCCUAUCAUAGAGCAACAUCACAAUCAGUUAGUAGGUGGUUGAAAACAACCUUACAAGAAAGUGGAAUAGAUACAAACACUUUCUCAGGAUAUAGUACUAGACAUGCGUCCACCUCUGCAGCAUACAGAAAAGGUAUUAAUAUCGAAACGAUACGCAAAACUGCAGGGUGGACUCAUGCCUCUGAAACUUUCAAUAAAUUUUAUAAUAAACCGAUAACACAAAAUUCCGACGCAUUUGCAAGAGCUGUGUUAAAUUUAAACAAAAAAUAAUUGUAUGUAAAAGAAAAAUUAUUUGUUCAUCGUUCAGUUUAUCGUUUA